AUGGUAGCAGCAAUCCGAGGCAAGAAGACCGCAGCGACAGCGAAGCGGAAGGCGCUGGCGGCCAAGGUCAAGGCUUCUGCUGCCAAAGACGCCGACACGAGAUGUGUCACGCGUCCUGCGUCCCAGCAGACGGUCACGCGGCACCGCGAGGAAGAGUUUCUGGCGCUCGUGCGCUUCGCUUUACAGAGCAACUUGGCACUGACUGGCAGCGCGGGAAAGUCGGUCUCUACUACGUGCACCACGCUGCUAACGUCGCUGUGUGCGAGAGACAAGGUGCUGCCGCCCACGCAGAUCCUAUCGAAGCUGCCGCGGAAUGAGCGCAAGCGCGUGUGUGGCGCCAUCUUUUCGGCCGACGAGAUCUCGUACAGCUGUCGCAAUUGCCAGUUGGACGCCACGUGCGUCAUGUGCAAGGACUGUUUCGUCCACAGCGACCACGUGGGACACGACGUGUACUUCCAGCGGACCACGGCUGGCAGCUCCUGUGACUGUGGCGAUGUCCACGCGUGGAAGAAAAGCGGCUUUUGCUCGAGACAUAAAGGAGUCACGUCGUCGAACGCUGGAGUGCAAAAACAUAAGCUACCGAAACCCAUUUGCUCAGCGGCAACUGUCGUGAUUGGUGCAGUUGUGGAGCAUGUUUUUCAGGUGUUGCUGGGAACGGAGUAUGGUUUCGAGCUUGCAGAAGCGUUGGAGCUGUUUACAAGAGACAUUCCGCCAAAUUUGUUACCAAUUCAAAGCGAUAUGGAUGGACCAGAUGCUGCCGGAAGUAAAGCGAGCACUGCAUUCAGUAGAAGUCGGUCAACAGUAGCGUCAACGCGAUCGAUGCGAUUAUCGGCGCAGUAUACGGCUGAACCUGGAUCGAGAACUGUCGGGCCUGGUGGCAGGCUAGAGGCACAAGCAAACGAAGUGAAGCUCGGGGCGAUUGGCUCAAGCGAUGAAGUGCUUUUUGGUAUUCGUCUUCACAAUGACGAUAUUCAUUCGCUGAAUGAAGUGAUAAAUCAUCUGUACGCGGAAUUGGGUCUAUCUAAAUCUCAGGCGCGCAGUGUUGUCAGUCAAGUAGACGAUCAGGGCGAUGCAACAAUUUCAACGAAAUCGCUGCUAUUAUGCCCGGGAGUUGUUGGAAAUCUAGUGCGUCGCUCACUGAACGUCUCUGUCGCACCUACUUGGUGGGAAAAGCAGAUGGAAGGGUUGCCCGCUCUUUUGGAGUGGCUGCACUAUAUUAGCACAACGUCAGAUGGGCUGAGCGAGAUUGUGUCGGAGGCACUUCAAAACUACCGAAGUCCCGUCCUCCGAGGAUUUAUGCCCGCGUCAAGCACUUUGCCCAAGAAAACGACGGUUCAGGAGUUUGUAAGGGAGCGCCGCAUCCGCCUUCACGAUCACGCUUUAGAUGUCCUUGUUGGCCUCGUUGCUGGAGGUAAGGACGUUUACAUGUGGGCAUGCGAGCAAGAAGCAGCACAGCGUCAGCGCUUUGAUUUUCGUGCGGAAGGCGGCACGGCUUCUGUGGCAUCUACAGGUUUGCUCGCUGGAGGGAAACACGUCAGCUGUAGAAACGUGUUUCUUGAUGAGUUUAUCAAGGCUGUGUCACUGAGUCCAUCGUACCGCAGCCAUGGUCGUGUCCGGCAAAGCUUUGAUGUAGUCGUGGCAAAAUAUUUUGCAUCGGAUCGAAUGAGUGAUGCUGGCACUGCUACAUCAGCUCUAGCGUUACUCAUGCGGUACGACUGUACGUUGCGAAGGAACGCUGUGGAGCGGUUGCACGCAUUGUUACGUGAGCACCUGGUUGACAUUCAGUUUCGGGCUAGCAUGCUAGAGGCAUAUUUGCAAUCGUACGCCUCAAUGACCCGUAUGUUCCUCCGUGGCCUGGACAAUUCGAACGAGUCUAUUUUCGAUUUUGCCGAGCAGUUCUUGACUGUACCGCAUCUGGUACAAAAGUACACAGCACACUCCAGUAAACUGGAGCUGGUUCGGGAAUUACUUUGUGCUUUACACACAGUACUUAAGUCUGCUGUCGACGACAAGAAAGGGAGCGUGAACGCUGACCACCCUGCUCUUAGCAGUCAGAAAUAUAAGCACUGUGUCGAGAACAUGGAAUGCGUAUUCAGUAUCGGUGCUCUCUCGAGCGAUCUCGUGUGUAGCGCGGAAAAUUUGAAAAUUUGGCUUUCUUGUCUGAGCAUUCUUCAGGGCGGCGAUCCUCAAGUACGUCGGGGCUUUCACCAAAAUCAUGUGGAAUACGAAUCAGACAGCUGGUUGUCAAUGUUCAAUCUUGGUAUUCGCAUUCACUCGAUCUUUGCGAUCGCCUGGAACGGUUUUCGCCCGGUCGAGUUUGUAACGCCUAAAGUGGAUGUAGCUGCAAUAGUCCGCCCUAUUAUAGAAGCCACCAUUUCGUCAUCAACCCGCGCCAAUGAACGAACGGCGAAGAAGAUGUUGGUUUCAGUGACGAGGCUUGUGUGUGGGGACAGAGGGGUUGCUGGGAACCAAGAAGAAGAUCGUAUCAUGACGUACGACUUUAACGUAGCAUCCCAGCCAACCUCGCUCCACAUACCUUUACACCGUUUCCUGACAGCUGCUGUGCGGCAUGUCUGCAUUAGCCCAACGGGUUUAGGAGACUCCAUUCCUUCAGACGGGAUUUUGAGAAUUUUUGGGUUUGAUGAACUGCCGGUUGACAUGCAAUGGGAGCUCGUGGAGAUGCCACUUCGAUGUUUGGUGAUGGCAUCUCAAAUCCACUCCAAUCUUUGGCGUCGAAAUGGAGAUGAAAAUAUGCUGGCACAGCUGUACAACUAUUCAGCACUACCUUAUUGCAUCCACUACCGUGACGCCGACACACUGAUGCUACAGCUCGGUGUGCUCAUGACUGGCGCUGAUGCCCUUUUGGCACGAAUGAUAGAUCGAUUCCAACUUGGCAGUUAUUUCACACUGCCUCGUAAUACUUCGUUAACAAAAUCCGAUCAAGAUAGCUUGACAGGAUCUGACGGUUUGGUGAAGCAGCUUGGGUUUGCGGAAGUAGAACAGGGAAUAGAUAAACAACAGAGCCUGCAGAUGCUUGAAGAGUUUUUGCGUCUCGUGAUCACACUUGGCACGAGUCUUCCGAGCACGACUGGUUCAACGUACGAUAACGAGUAUUUGGCGGAAGAGAUGCUGCAGCAGUUGUGUGCAAAGUCACUACCAUUUAGUAAGCUCUCUGAUCUGGCUGUCCUGCCAUCAGGCCAGGAUGAUAUCCCGACAGCGCGGCUGGAAGCGGUUCUCGCGACUGUGUCUGAUUUCGUACCAUCAUCUGGGCUUGAGCCGGGCCGUUACCAAUUGAAAGAAGGUAUGCUAGAGAGCUAUAACCCGUACUUUCUUCACUUGAACCGUGAAGCGCACGAGCUAGCUCGGGAUCGUUGGACGACCCACCGCAAUACGUGCCGCCUGAAGUCGAAGCAAGCUACCCCCGGUAGCCCCCCGAAGGAGCCAUUGAAGGCAGUCAAACCUCCGGUUGAUUUCUUACGCCCAGUCCAAGCGAUCCUGACAUGCGAGAGUACUGUGGCGAUUGCUCAUGUUAUUCUUUGGAAGGUACUAUCCUCGGGUCAUUCUGAGUCAGCGUCAGCAGGUUCGGAGAAAAGUGUCUCCGACGCUAUCGUUUCGACUUGUUUGCACUUGCUGGUCCACGGUGUCCACACGGCGUCAUUUGGCUCCGAUCAUCACUUCUGGACUCGACUAAACACGGCAAAUGCUGCUACCUCUGGGUUGUCACUUCUAAACCUUUUGAGCCAAGUACUCGAGCGGGCGUCACUUCUACUUGAUAGCGAACAGAUUGGUACGGUCGAGUGGCUUAUUUGGAAAAUUUCUGCUGAAUCAUCUGUUUGUCGAGAAACAUUUGAGCAGUUUGCUCGUGAUCCAGGGGAAACGCAAAAGAAGACGAAUGUGUCGCUGUUGUUAUCAAGUGGUUCCGUACAAGGUGGCCCUUCCAAGUCGAUGACCCUAGAACAACGAAAAAUGGAGGCAAGGAGAAGAGCAAUGGCUGCAAUGGCAAAGCGUCAAGCCGAUUUCCAAGCGAUGGUGGACAUUUCGGAUAAAAAAGGGCGAGUGAAAAUGGAUGCAUUGGCGGAAGACAAGUCAACUUGUGAGACCCGUUCGUCUUUGGGUAAACGUAAGGCUUUGGCUGCUGACCAAAUGGAGGAAGUUACGUCAACGGACCGAAAGCUAAAUAAUGAGCGAAGCUGCAGCUGUAUUCUUUGCCAUGACACCUCGAAUCCAGGCCAAAUGGGAAUCGCAGCUUACGUUCAUCAGUCCACCGUCUUAGCUCCUGGGUUUAGACCAGAGCCAAGCGAAGCGCUCGGCUUAGAGGGCAGGAAGACGCGUAUCCGUGUGAAAAGUAUAGUCGAGAAGAUGGGGCUGUGUUCGGAUGGCGGCUCGGCCUCAUCUGAUAUUGCAAAUUUGUCGCCAACCCUGCGUGCUUUUGCAAGCACUUUUCCUGAAUGGUACAUGGACAGCAUGUUGGAUGAUGACCUUACUCGUGAUAACACGGCAAAUAACAGUCCACGAGCGCCGACGACUCGCCGCCAGCGCAAUGAUCGCAUCCGCUUUGGGAACGGAAACAUUCCGAUGCUCGGAGGUGAGCUCCUGGAGACGGAAGAAGAUUUCGGAGUUCUUGAAAGUGCUUUGGAUCUUCGUGAGGACCAACGACUUUUCCCAGUGGAUGGGCGCGGCGCUGUGGGUUUGGAUCGUCGCGGCGAUGUGAUUGAAUCACGUGGAUUGAGAGAUCGUAACGCAGCUCGUGGUGGCAAUACUCGUGACCCAGGUGGGGAUGACAACGAAGAAGUAAGUCUUCCCCGUUUUCGCCCGGAACAAAUGCCACCCGGAUUCGGUCGGCCUCACCAAAGUGCCAAAUUGUACGUCACCCCAUGUGGAUUACACAUCCGUACAUGCCAGCACGCGGUGCACAUCCAAUGCCUUGAACGCUACAUCACUUCAUUGCAUGACAAAGCCAUGCGCGGUGAAGAAUUUGACGGCGUUCAAGCAAUCGACCCGGAUUCAGCAAUGACGCAGUUUUUGUGUCCUUUGUGCAAAACGUUGAGUAAUUUCUUAAUCCCCGCAUCGACUCCUCAUCUUUCCAUCGAAAACGGGGAAAUGUGUGAGUAUAAAAGUGCAAUAGGUGCGCCGAUACGCGACGAAGAAGGGAAACUUGCUUCUUGGGACGGUAUAGUAGCGGAACAAUUAUUAAUGCCUGGAUGGUACCGUUCAGUGCUCGGGCGCGACGGUAAAUUCGAAGAUAGUGACAACGAUACUGAACACGACUCAUGGCGGGAUUAUUACGAGGAAACGCUGUGGGAACCCCAUGGCAGUUUGGAAAAGGGCGCACCUUUCCUGUGGUCUGCGUGUGCGUUCACCCUGGCCUCGUUUUUGAUUGUUGUAGAGGACGAGUGUCGUGCAGACCCCAGCUGCAAUUCAACGUUCGAUCCACUUACAGACCGAUGUCCCCCAUCGAUGGAAAAAGAGUUUGAGUCGCUGAUAGCGGUCACGAAGUUUUGCAGAUGGACGUUCUCGCUUUUGGAGCAUAGUGCUGACGCGAAGGUGAUUUGGGAAACCGCGAAACGUUGCUGCCCAAUCAAUACCGAGACAAACCGCGAGUACCGCAAGUAUACGAAGGUCCUUGGUUCGAUCGAUGCUUGUCUACGCGGAACUAUUCUGGGUCUGCUCGUAGCGGACACUUUCACAGCUUUCGUGGUGGCCAGCGUGAUCGCAAAUGGACUUGAGACUAUUUGGCGGUCUAUUCCAGUAUUCAGCGCUGCUGAUUUAUUACAGCGUCUGCAUACCGAAUUUUUUCAGCCUGGCAAGCUUGAGGGGGUAUCGCUGUUUGAAGACAAAUCGUCUGCCGACGCAACUACCGAGGCAGAGCACAUGGUAGUCACAGCUACGGCAGCGACUAGCGACUCUGCCUUGGCUCCGCGUCGCACUCGAAGUGGCCGUGCUAUCGGCUGUGCUACGAGUACUCGACCUGCUGAGGCUCCCACGAGGUCCGCAAAAGAGUUGAUGCGAGCAAUGGAAGCUUUGGGCGAGGGGGGCUCUGAGGCAUAUGCUGUGCUGCAGCUUUUGCAGCGAAUGACAAAGGUGUAUUCUGCCGAGCAGCUAAAGCCAUUCACGACCGCGAGCAAUAUAAUCGUCCGACUGAAGCACAUUGUAGACGCAAACAAUGCUUUCGUGCGCCGCAUGCAGUUAUUCUGGCGCUGUCUGGCGAAUGAAGGUACCAGUGCACCCACAAGUACUAGGACGAUGCAGAUCCCAACAUUGAUCGACGUCGCCCGUAGCUCAGAUGCUACAUUUGACCAAAUUUGGCGAUGGUGCAUGGACCGUAUGCUCAGCAAGGCCUACUUGGGAGCUUCAAAGGCCGGCGACAAGUGCGAACACACUGAAGGCUGCAGCGAGGCCUAUGUUGCUAGCAUGUUCAUCCUUCGUGACAUACCCACGCGACCACGAUUAAUCGAGUUGCCCAUCCAAUUCGACGAGCUUUACAGCGAGAUGGCAGGCCGCAAAUGCACGCGAUGUGAAAAAGCGCCCUGCGAUCCAGGUCUGUGCUUAAUAUGUGGCGAGUACCUGUGCUGCGGAGAUUCGUGCUGCACCCGUACUUUCAUGCCACAUGGACCACCGGUUGGCGAGUGCACGCGCCAUGCUGCAGAAUGUGGAGGUGGUGUGGGCAUUGUGCUUCUGCUCGAACAGUGCCGCAUCGCGAUUAUAGGAGGCAGUAUGGCAGCGUAUUUUCCAUGUCUAUACGUUGACUCCCAUGGAGAAGAAGACGUGGGCCUUCAACGGGGACGACCGCUUCGGCUAGAUUUGGCUCGCUACCGGUAUCUCGAGUCACUGUGGCUCAAGCAUCGUAUUUUCACGGAGGUUUCGCGCCAGCGCAACCAGCGAGACCCGCAAUAUACGAUCAACCUGUCGUACUUAUAG